UGGAGUGACCGGCGCGGCCCUGGCCACGCACACCCAACUCGACGCUCCUCGCCUGCUUGCGCAACUGAGCAAAGCCCCACACGGUCGCCUGGGGAAAGCAGGGCGCACGGCGCGAGACGUCGCCAUGGACCGCUGCGGCCCCGCAGGCAGCCCCCUCAUCGCCAGCGCCGAGCCCACCACCAUUGCCGCCGCCACUCGAGAAUCGAGCCCCGGGCGGACAGGGUCAGGGCCGACGGGAGCGGGAGGCGGUGGGCGCUCGGGGGGCGGACGGCCCGCUGCAGCGAACGCAGCGAGGGAGCGCAGCCGAGUUCAGACUCUGCGGCACGCCUUCCUGGAGCUGCAGCGCACGCUGCCGUCCGUUCCUCCGGACACCAAACUGUCCAAGCUGGACGUGCUGCUGCUGGCUACCACCUACAUCGCGCACCUUACCCGCAGCCUGCAGGACGACGCCGAGGCGCCGGCGGACCCUGGGCUGGGCGCCCUGCGCGGCGACGGCUACCUGCACCCGGUCAAGAAAUGGCCCAUGCGAUCAAGAUUAUACAUUGGUGCUACUGGUCAGUUUCUGAAGCAUUCUGUCUCUGGAGAUAAAGCAAAUCCUGGCAACAUUCCAGCAGACUCACAACCUUAGGCUGUCCCCUGAUGGGUGCUGAAAGUCGUGUCUAUUGUUUUUAAAUAAUAUGAAAUAAUUCUAUAUUUAUUACAUCAGACAUAACAAACA